AUGAACCCGGCCACCCCACGGCGGGUGUGGUCCGUCACGGAGAUUGCCUGGCUCUUGGCCCAGGCCCGUCAGGCGGCCGCGCUUGGGCUAGAAUCUAUGCUCGAGGCAGGAAAGUCCAAGCCUGAGGCUGAGGCCGACGAGAUAGUAGAGAGCCCGAUCCGGGACAGCGCCACGGAAGUCCAACGGUCAACUGGCAACCAGCUCAGCCACGCCGUGGUGGAGCUCACGAGUACCGUCCGGUUCUAUCAUCUGGCCCUCAUCAUCUCAAUCCUCCCUUCUUACAAAUAG